GUUUACACCAGAGAAAAGGAGGGAGAUGUAGAAAAAAAAAUGAAAGCUUUCACGGGAAUCCUGGUAUGAGUGGAAGUGUUGACUGAUGUUUGUCUCGCUGUCGGUGCUGGGUUUUUUGCGGCAGACGGGCGAUCUGGCCGUCUGACACUGUUUUUCCAACGUUUCGUCUGAAAACUUCACAAACUGGGGAGUCGCCUCUUCUGCAAACUUUCACAUCCUAUAAGCAAAUGGAGCGCCGCGUCUGGAUAAACUAGACACCGACUGACACUUUUGCCUGUGGCUUUCUAACCAGUUGCACCUAAAAUAUGACCAGAGGAGGCAAGAUGAAGCUGAAUGAUGUAUUGGCAGGGCCAUUACACUGGGGCCUCCUCCUUCUCUGUGUAAGCCUCUGCAGCCAGCGAGUGUCCACUGGCAACCAAAGCUCCCGAGGACAGACAGGGUCAUCGGAGGAGAGGACAGGGACCUGUGAAGUGGUUGCUGCACAUCGAUGCUGCAAUAAGAAUAAGAUUGAAGAACGCUCUCAAACAGUCAAGUGUUCUUGCUUCCCAGGACAGGUGGCAGGGACAACAAGGGCUCUGCCCUCUUGUGUUGAAGCAUCUAUUGUGCGUCAAAAGUGGUGGUGUAAAAUGAAUCCAUGUCUGGAGGGGGAGGAGUGUCGAGUCCUCCCUGAUCUCACUGGCUGGUCUUGCAUCUCUGGGAACAAAGUCAAGACCACUAAGGUUGCACGGUAGCGACAGACAAACUGAGUCUGCUCCCAGUCACUACAAGUCUGCCCUGGCCUGCAGCAGUCACCUUACCUGACACUGGACUCAGAGGACAGUGAGGUCCCCAUCAGCCCUUCCAGAUGGAACAAAGAACAAUACCCAUUUUAUUGGAUUUCUCUUCACUCUUCAAUAAACCUGAGAACCCUCUACCUGGACACUAUUAUUUUCAUUUCCUUUGACUUGCAAGCAAUUAUUUGAGGAAU